AUGGUGGACAACAGCACCCUGAUCUCGUUCGCCCUCACGCCCCUGCUGGUGGUCCUGUCGGCGCUUUUCAGCGGCCUGACGCUGGGCCUGAUGAGCCUGGACACCAUCGGGCUGCAGAUUUUGGCGGAGGCGGGGGACGAGCGGGAGAAGGAGUACGCCAGAAAAAUCCUACCAGUGCGACAACAUGGCAAUCUGCUGCUCUGCACCCUCCUCAUCGGCAACACUGUUGUAAACGCUUUGCUGGCAAUCCUCCUGGCUGACCUGACAUCGGGGUUGUAUGGUGUGCUGGGGUCGACCGUGUUGAUUGUCCUCUUUGGAGAGAUUGCCCCUCAGGCAGCAUGCUCUCGAUAUGGCCUCGUCAUUGGUGCCAAAACACUCUGGCUGACAAAACUCGUUAUUUUCAUUUUCUACGCUGUGGCUUUCCCCAUCUCAAAGGUUCUUGACAAGGUUCUUGGGAAGGAGAUUGGAACUGUGUACUCAAAGGAUGAGCUGAAACAGUUGAUUGCCAUUCAUGUGGAGAACCCUGAUGCCCAGCUUACAUCAGGCCUUACCCAGGACGACUCCCUCAUUCUGGCAGGAGUAUUGGAGUACAAGGACAAGAAAGUUGCUGAUGUGAUGACCACCAUUGACAAGGUGUUCAUGAUGGAAGCAUCUGUCAAACUUAAUUUUGAAAACACUCUGGACAUCUACAACACGGGCUACACACGUAUACCCAUCUACGAGGGUGACAGGUCCAACAUCGUGGGAAUCCUGUACACAAAGGACCUGAUUCUGAUUGACCCCGACGAUGAAGUUGAAGUGAGGGCGGUUCUGGCAUUCCAUGGCAGGAACCAUCAACGCUUCCUGCUGGACAGCACCACACUGCGCGACGUGCUCAACACUUUUAAGAAGAUGCAGACUGACACAGCUGACACUGCUGUAACCCCCCACCUCAUGAUCGCUUACAAGUCGGAGGAUGGGGGGAAGACAAAAGAAGUCACUGGUGUCAUCACGCUGGAAGAUGUUUUGGAAGAACUCAUCGACGCAGAGAUCAUAGAUGAGUCUGACCAGUAUGUGAACAACGAUCAGCAUUCGAAGAUAGAAAGAGGCCGUGCCAAUAAGCCAGAUGCAAAAGAGUUUAUGAAGCUGUUUGACCACAGGAUGCGGGAACGUUCAAGAAUGUCCGAUGCUGAGGUCCAGGCAGCUGUUGCAUAUCUCAAAACCAUUCCAGAGUUCAGUAUGUUCAAUUCAAGCAGAUUGCAGAUUUUAGUUCAGAAGGCUGAGAUCGUAGAAGUGGAUGGAGGCGAUGAAGAAACGGGGAUCAAGACACACAGUGCCAUCACUGGAAAUCGGAACAAUUACGAGCUGUACAAGAGUGGCCAGUCGUCCAAGUACUUCUCACUGGUGCUGCAGGGACGUGUCAUGGUGAAGGCUGGAAGUGAAGAGUUCCCCUCGGAACUUGGGCCAUGGGCAAUUCUUGGUCUCAAGGCACUCACAGACAAGGAGUACUGUCCUGAUUUCACUGCUGUUUCCUCUGGACCAUGCAGAAUUCUGAGGUUAUCACGGGAGCACUAUUUGAAAGCACAGAAGCUUGGAGAG